CCUUUGGACUAUCAGGCGCCCCCCGUACAUGUACAUACAUGUGCAUCGACACCAGUACAUGCCAAGUAUUCAUACCCUCCUGAUUCUUAGCCAAUCAAAGUGCGCCGUCCAAUUUUGGUAGCAAGUCCCAUAAGCUGCUAAAACCCUGGUACAGAUUAUUCAAGUCAGUAAUUGGAAUCGACGCAUGCAUAUUGGGGCCGAGGAUAUACGACGUUCCUGCAUGUAUCGUAAAGUCACACGUAACACUGGGAUGUCGACAGUAUGCCAUGUAACAUGUAGUGCCAAUGCUAGUGGUAUGCCAGUGGCAGCGCAGCCAAACUAAACCCGGCCAAUUACCGACUUGUUGUCAAUUCUAUUUAAAACAAAUGCAUGUAUGUAAAUACAUUUUCUGUUUCAGCGCUCAUCAUGGAUGUACAGCGUGGACAUUGCUGGAGAUGUGAGAAAGUUCUUCCACAGCUGACUGUGCCUUGCAGCCGCUGCAAUAUCGCUGUCUACUGCAGCACACCAUGCCUGGGCAACGACACGGCCAGACACAGCUCUGUUGAGUGCCAGAUGUUUGGGCCACAACGGUGCGGCAAUUGUGAAAAAACUGCUCCUAAUAUGAAAGAGUGUGCGGGUUGCAGUAAUGCAUGGUACUGCAGCAAGGAAUGCCAACGAACUGACUGGAAAUCCCACAAGCCAUCAUGCAGGGCAGCUGAAGAUUCAAUGAAAAGGGCAGCAAAGGCACUUUGCCAGCAACGCUCUGCAACAUACAAGAUAAGCGGCAACUUUCCCUAUUACAUUGGUAACAUUUUUGCCAGAGAUUUCCUUCAACUUGAGGACAAUGAAUUGACAUCUGGAGUGAAGGAAAACAGUUUGGCAAGAGAUUACCAUAUUUUGUCUGCUGGUUGUGGAAAUCUACGCAACACAGUUUUGACAGCUGCUUCCUUGCCUGAUGAGUACCAUGGAAAACUUUACAUCAGCCUCGAUGAUUUCGACCCUUUUGUCAUGGCAAGGAAUGUGCUGUUUCUCUUCAUGUUGGUCCGCUUCGCAGACACUGACUACAUUGCUUCCAGUUUGACAACCAUCUGGUACUCACUCCAUAUUUACAAGAGAGAGUACGAUUUGAUCAAGACAAGCUUGGAUGAACUCACUCAGAUGAGUGCUCAGCAACUCCACGACACCACCAAAGGACUGGUGAGUGUCCUGGAUAAAGAUCUUAGGUGUCUGUGUCAAGUUUGGGAAAGAUGGCAAUCAUUGGAAUGCCAACGAGACCAAAAGACCUCAGUCAAUCUCAAACAACAACGGAAUGCACUCUUUGGGACAGACAUAUUAAUGAGGGAGGGAGUGCCUUUUUAUCUGGCAGAGUUAUCCAAAAAUGAGAAGAAAAGGAUGAGAGAGUGGUUUGACCAUGCUUUGUUUCUGCCAUCUGAAUCACGAAAAUCUGCUGUGCCUUUUGACAAUCCCACUCUCACUGGAAGAGAUUCUGAUUGUUGGUAUGAUGAUUUCACACCGAUAGUCCCAAAAGAUCACCAGUUUGUUUACUGCAUCAACACAGAUGCAUUUCCGUUUAGAGAGUGGGAUUGCUUGAGAGUUAGAGAGUGCAGUUCUGGAUCCUUCACGUCUCCGAUGGAAAUGUAUCACAGUUACGUGACAAACCUUCUCAAAAAAGUCAGGAGGCUGAUUGUCCAAGAAAGGCUGUUUGUCCAUGUGUUCUUGGACAACUGUCUCGUCUUUCCUGAGCGGCACCAAUCCUUACAGAUGACCAACUAUGAUCGCAUUAUCACCUCAAAUCUUGCUGACAUAGUUGGGUUUGCUAGGCUUCUCCAGACAUUCAAGCCUCUUCUUAAUGCCAGUAACAGAUUCUCAGUGAUUAUCACUGAGACCAUGAACUGGUUCAAAUUCAUACCAGAAGCCGACACUGAUUCCAUGUUGUGUCCACGCCAGCGGAUUCAAGGGUGCAACGAUGCAUAUUCUAUCGACUGCAACAGAUUGAGGUUUCCUGGCCACAACAAUACGAGAGACUAUUUCAACAACACUCCUCAGUUUCUGCAAUACCUCCGUGCAGACAUCAUGGCGGGGGGGCUUGGCAUACCAUCACUCAAGGAAGUACCAUCAUUUGAGAGUGUCAAGAAAUAUCACGGCCUCCAAAUGCGUGACUUCCGGAAAGGACAGAACAAACUGGUUCCAUUCCAGUAUAGGCUGAAUGCAAGAAUUCUUAAUAUGAUGAAUGGGUAUGACAGAGCUGUGGAGUGGUGUCUGCCUCAAAGUAGUGCCUAGACAAUAAGGGCAGGCCCGGAUCCGGAGGGGGGUUAAAAAAAGACCAGC